GGGAAAAUUUGCGGUGGUGAAGAAGUGUAUCCAGAAAGACACUGACAGAGAGUUUGCAGCAAAAUUCAUGAGAAAAAGAAGAAAGGGCCAAGACUGCCGGAUGGAAAUAAUCCAUGAAAUUGCAGUCCUUGAGCUGGCACAAUGCAACCUCUGGGUCAUUAACUUGCAUGAAGUUUAUGAAACUGCAACAGAGAUGAUUUUAGUCCUGGAAUAUGCUGCUGGAGGUGAAAUCUUUGACCAGUGUGUGGCUGAGAGAGAGGAAGCCUUCAAAGAAAAAGAUGUUAAACGACUUAUGAAGCAGAUCUUAGAAGGAGUUUCCUUCUUGCACAGAAACAACGUGGUUCAUCUCGACUUAAAGCCCCAAAAUAUUCUGCUAACCAGUAAGUCUCCUCUGGGAGACAUUAAGAUUGUAGAUUUUGGCCUUUCCAGAAUAAUGAAGAGCAGUGAGGAACUGAGAGAAAUUAUGGGAACUCCAGAAUACGUCGCUCCUGAAAUUCUGAGUUACGACCCCAUCAGUACAGCAACUGAUAUGUGGAGCAUUGGAGUACUGGCCUAUGUUAUGCUAACAGGGACAUCGCCUUUCCUAGGGGAUGAUAAACAAGAAACGUUCUUAAAUAUCUCUCAGAUGAACGUAAGUUACUCUGGAGAAGACUUUGACCUCAUCUCAGAGUCUGCUGUGGAUUUCAUCAAAACUCUGCUGGUUAAGAAACCCGAGGACCGGGCAACUGCUGAAGAAUGCCUUCAACAUCCAUGGUUAGAACAAAGCCAUAAUCCUGCUUCCAGGUCCUGGAAUAAGACUGCAGGCGGGGAGACCAGUGAUGUCACCCAGAAAGAUGUGGAUUCUGCCUCUGAAAAACCGGUAGAUGCUGAGAAGACUGAAGAGGACGAAUCAAUAGUGACAGAAGAACUAAUUGUAGUGGCUUCAUAUACGCUGGGACAAUGUAGGCAGUCAGAAAAAGAAAAAGUAACUGAGCAGAAAGCCAUUUCCAAACGAUUUAAGUUUGAGGAACCACUGCUGCAAGAAAUACCGGGAGAAUUCAUUUACUGAACUGUGUGGAGCUUCGUAGCUCUAACUGGAAGGCAGUGUUUUCUACUAAACAAAAAUACCCUAGCCGAGCCAAUUUCUGAUAUGCAGUACGUGUUCUAGAUAAACGAAGAUGUUGAUAAAUGGCAUCCAAGGCAAAUGUGCCAAGUUUUGAAUUUCACGGAACAGAUAAAUAAGAUUUCAAGUGACUGGCAGGAGUUUAACAAAGAUAAAAGCUUGGUUUUGUUUGUAACUUUUAUUUCUGGCUUUUUGUCGCUUGAUAGCAGAGUUUUUGUUAAUUGUUC